AGUAGCUUCUUUUUUUUUUUGACUGUGAUUUGAGAUACAUUUGGAAAAAAUGAAUGAAAUUAUUUUUGUUUCAUAUCAAGAAAUGGAUGAAAAGAGGCUGCUGGAUCCAGGGUUGAAGGUUCAUACAAGCCUCUGGGAUUAUACUCUGAAGAACCAGCAGAUGGAAUGCCUGAGUGACUGAAGAAAAUGGGUGCUAAUGCAUCUAACUAUCCUCAUUCAUGCUCCCCGAGGAUAGGGGGAAAUUCACAAGCCCAACAAACUUUUAUAGGAACAUCAUCCUAUUCUCAGCAAGGCUAUGGUUGUGAAUCAAAAUUGUAUAGCCUUGACCAUGGCCAUGAGAAACCACAAGACAAAAAAAAGAGAACCUCUGGCCUUGCCACCCUCAAAAAGAAGUUUAUUAAGCGUCGAAAAUCUAAUAGAUCUGCUGAUCACGCCAAGCAGAUGCGAGAACUCCUCUCUGGGUGGGAUGUUAGAGAUGUCAAUGCUUUAGUGGAGGAAUACGAGGGAACUUCAGCCUUAAAGGAGCUUUCUCUACAAGCCAGUUUGGCUAGACCAGAAGCCCGGACAUUGCAGAAAGAUAUGGCCGAUCUUUAUGAGUACAAGUAUUGUACUGAUGUAGACUUAAUAUUUCAAGAAACUUGUUUUCCUGUUCAUCGUGCCAUUUUGGCAGCAAGGUGUCCAUUUUUUAAAACACUGCUUUCUUCCUCACCUGAGUAUGGAGCGGAGAUAAUAAUGGACAUCAAUACAGCUGGUAUCGAUAUGCCCAUGUUUUCUGCUUUGUUACACUACCUUUAUACUGGAGAGUUUGGAAUGGAGGACUCAAGGUUUCAAAAUGUCGAUAUCCUCGUUCAGCUUAGUGAAGAAUUUGGAACACCAAAUUCUCUCGAUGUAGAUAUGCGUGGACUCUUUGAUUACAUGUGUUAUUAUGAUGUUGUCCUUAGUUUUUCUUCAGACUCUGAACUGGUUGAAGCUUUUGGUGGAAAUCAGAACUGCUUAGAUGAAGAGCUCAAAGCUCACAAGGCUAUUAUUUCAGCACGGUCCCCAUUUUUUCGAAAUUUAUUACAAAGGAGGAUACGGACUGGUGAAGAAAUCACAGACCGAACUUUGAGGACUCCCACAAGAAUUAUAUUAGAUGAGUCCAUUAUACCAAAAAAAUAUGCGAAAGUUAUAUUACACUGUAUGUAUACCGACGUGGUGGACCUCUCCGUUUUGCACUGUAGCCCCUCUGUUGGGAGUCUCAGUGAAGUGCAGGCUCUUGUCGCAGGGAAGCCAAACAUGACUAGGGCAGAAGAAGCCAUGGAACUUUACCAUAUAGCACUGUUCUUGGAAUUUAACAUGCUUGCACAAGGCUGUGAGGAUAUCAUUGCUGAGAGCAUCUCAUUAGAUACCUUAAUUGCCAUCCUCAAGUGGAGCUCUCAUCCAUAUGGCUCUAAAUGGGUGCACCGACAAGCUUUACAUUUCCUCUGUGAGGAAUUUUCCCAGGUCAUGACUUCGGAGGUUUUUUAUGAACUCAGCAAAGACCAUCUGCUUACUGCUAUCCAGUCUGACUACCUACAGGCAAGUGAGCAAGAUAUCCUUAAAUAUCUGAUUAAGUGGGGAGAACAUCAGUUGAUGAAAAGAAUAGCAGACAGAGAGCCAAACUUACUGAGUGGCACUGCUCAUAGUGUGAACAAAAGAGGUGUAAAAAGACGAGACCUGGACAUCGAAGAGCUUAGAGAGAUCCUUUCUCCUCUCUUACCUUUUGUGCGAAUUGAACACAUCUUACCUAUAAAUAGUGAAGUCCUAAGUGAUGCAAUGAAAAGAGGCUUGAUUAGCACUCCUCCAUCAGAUAUGCUUCCUACAACAGAAGGUGGAAAGUCGAACGCCUGGUUAAGGCAAAAAAAUGCUGGUAUAUACGUUCGUCCUCGACUGUUCUCUCCCUAUGUGGAUGAAGCAAAGUCAGUGCUAGACGAGAUGAUGGUGGAACAAACAGAUCUUGUGCGUUUGCGAAUGGUUAGAAUGUCCAAUGUGCCAGACACACUUUAUAUGGUCAGUAAUGCCGUGCCACAGUGCUGUCACAUGAUCAGCCACCAGCAGAUCAGCAGUAACCAGUCAAGCCCUCCUUCAGUUGUAGCCAAUGAAAUUCCAGUUCCUCGUCUCCUCAUUAUGAAAAACAUGGUCAGGCGUCUGCAGGAACUACGACACACUGAGCAGGUGCAGAGAGCCUAUGCACUUAACUGUGGGGAAGGCGCCACCGUCAGCUAUGAAAUUCAGAUUCGAGUAUUGAGAGAGUUUGGUCUUGCAGAUGCUGCUGCAGAGCUCCUACAGAAUCCUCACAAGUUCUUUCCUGAUGAACGUUUUGGGGAUGAAAGCCCGCUCUUGACAAUGAGGCAGUCUGGCAGAUGUCGAGUUAACAGUACCCCUACCACAGAAACCAUGUUUACAGACCUGGACUCUCUUGUGGCCUUCCAUCCACCCUUGCCCCCUCCUCCACCUCCAUACCACCCCCCAGCUACUCCAAUUCAUAACCAGCUCAAAGCAGGUUGGAAACAAAGACCUUCCAGCCAGCAUCCUUCACGUUCAUUUUCUUAUCCCUGUAAUCAUUCACUGUUUCACUCCAGAACAGCUCCUAAAGCUGUCCCUCCUCCAGUCUAUUUGCCCAGUGUUAAAGCGGCACUGCCCGACUGUGCCAACACUGCAGGACUGGGGAGACAGACGGUAGCUGCCGCCGCAGCCGCUGCCGCAUCAGCAGCAAUAACGUCUGAAAAACAAGUGUGUACACAACCUGUGCUAAAUGAUCUAAUGCCAGAUAUCGCCAUGGGUGUAUCCACAUUGUCACUCAAGGACAGAAGGCUUCCAGAACUUGCCGUGGACACAGAAUUAAGCCAGUCAGUUUCUGAAGUAGGACCAGGGCCUCCUCAGCAUCUAUCAUGUGUUCCACAGAGACAUACACACACUUCUCGAAAGAAACACACACUGGAGCAAAAAACAGAUGCUAGAGAAAAUCAGCAUGAAUAUCCAGAUUUCUAUGACUUCUCAAGUGCUGCUUGCAGACCUUCUGCUCCUGCUCCUUGCAGACGUACUCCUUCCCCUUCCCAAGGGGGAUAUUUUGGUCCUGAUUUGUAUAGCCACAAUAAGGCCUCAACAAGUGGCUUAAAGUCAGCCUACCUACCUAGCCAAUCCUCUCCUAAAAAACAGGAAGAAGCUAGGAGAGAAUAUCCGCUUUCCCCUGAUGGGCAUCUACACAAACAAAGGAAUGAGUCAAUACAUCUUGAUGUAGUCGAGCAACCUUCCCAGCGAUCAGACUUUCCUUUGGCAGCCCCAGAAAAUUCCAGUAAUGGUCCAGUCCACUUCAGGGGACGAACAGCAGUAGAAACUGACUUGACUUUUGGGCUGACUCCUAACAGACCUUCACAUUCUGCAUGUGGCCCUGAAGCUCCAGAAGAGAGAUCCAGCAGGAGGGUGGCAGACAGUGAGUCUCUGGGCCAUGGAGCUCAGAGAAGUUCAGAUUUGGAAAGGGAGGAUUCAGUAAGCAGAGGAAGGAGGUCACCAAGCAAGCCAGACUUCCUCUACAAAAAGUCUGCCCUCUGAGAGCAACCUCCAAGUCCUCUGUGCCUGAGAUGUGAAACAUCCCAUUUAUGAUGUAACCCAACAACUUAUGGACCAGUUUAUUGAUGCCAGCUGAUAAUUCAGUUUCACAUUAUUUUAUACUAAUUUUUUGUAUAUAUAUGUUUAUUAGGCGUAGCAUGCUAAGAAGGUUAUUUUGAAUGCUGCAUCUAUUUUGUGUUUGAACAAUUGUGUGAGGAAGCAUUUUUAAGAGCGAGCAAGCUGGCACUUUUUUUUCUCUUUACAAAAUGAUGGAAUUUUUUUUGCACUUGUACAUUUAUUUUACCUGUAUUGAUUUUAUAUCAGUAUGUUAACUUUAUUGCCACAUUUAAAGAACUGUAUUUUCAUACUUUUUUGCAUUUUACUUUUCAUCACCCAAUUUCCACGUGCAUUGGAUUGCACACUAAGAUGUAUUUUCUUAUGAAAUAGUUCUGUGUUUAUUUUUUAAUUAUAGAAAUUCCAAAGAACAGCACAUCAAAAUGCUCCUCUCUUUUCAGUAAUUGUUUUAGUUCGGAAAUCUUCCUAUUCAAUCUCUAUUAAUCCCACGUCAUUCUUUUGUAAUAAGUCUUGGGAGCUGGUCCUCAUUCCUUCAGCAGGAGUCCACUCAGGAUGCUGAAGUUUUCCAAGGUUCAGAAGAGAGCGUGGAAGGAGAAAAACCUUCCUUGUGGUACCAGCUAAAGCUGUUGCUUUUUUCAAAGUGUGGAUUCUGGUGGUAUGGAUUUAGAACUUCACUAAAUCGGGUUCUAAGAGAUCGGAUUACUUGGAAUUACAAAGCAGUAGAAAUAGCAAAUUAACUGAAAGAUUUUACUGCCUGGAUUUCCGAUUCUGAGAGUCGACUCCCCAGCUGCAACGGGUGACAUGCCUGCUGCUGCCUUCAGUUGUCUUGCUCUCAAAAGGAAAAAAAAACAAAAAACAAAAGGGCUUCAGUCUAUGGAUGUCAUUUGGUGUUUGAAAGCAUAUUUUUUUAACAAUGUUUUUCAAAGUAUGUCUGAACUUUGCCGUGCUAUAAAAAGUUGUUGUAUAAUGCAUAAUGCUUUGCCACCAAAAAAAAGGAAAAAGAAAAAAAAUUUUUCAGUUAAACACUACAUGUCCUACUUGAACUCCACCGGGGAUGCUGGUUUGGGCAUUUCACUGAACCACUGCAGCACACGGGAUAUUUUAAGAUCCUCUCCCUUGGAAGGGCAAUGGGUGAGCUAAGGACUGUUUUUUUCUUACUCUCCAAUGUAAAUAUAUUAGUAUUUGAGUUUUUAAAUUACAUCAACAUUAUUUGAGCAUUCACUUUGUAUUUUUUACAAACACACACACACACACACACAGCCGUAGCACUUAGAAGAAAAGAGACUUUCUGAACAUUCCCUCAUAGGAAGGAUGUUUGGAAACCUCUUUUCCAUGUAUGUCUAUAUAUAUAACUAUAACUCACUCACAGUCACUCUGAAACUAUGCAGGGCCAGGGAGCCUUUACAAGCUACCGUAUAAAUGAGUUACAUGCACUUUCAAGUAAAUAGGUUUCUAUUAGGUGUCAACAACUCUGAUUUUUCCCAAAACUGUAUCUUCUCUUACAAUCUUUUCCUACUUUACCCUGUGGAUAUACACUCAGGAAUAAUCUGACAUUUAAAAAAAUCCUAACAGUAGAUAGUCUCAAAGAUGAGACCCAUGUCAGUAUAUCUAUUUACACCGGCAAACUGCUUGCCUGGCUAGUUAGCUGCUGCUAGUGCAUCUGUCGAUGUGGGUCAUGUUGCAUCCCGCUCUCCAGUCUCCCCAAGUUAACACUAGUCUACUGUAAGGGUGGCUGCGCAUCGCCUUCAAGGCCCCUUUUUUAAAGAUAAAAAAACAUAGGACUCUGUUCUCAUUUUUAGGAGGUUUGACUCUUAUAAUAGAUGAUGGUGUCUUUUGAAGCCCAAUCUCUGUCUGUCUUAAGAAACAAAAGUUGUUAAUUCCAUGAUACUCCUUAAUGUGAAUUUUUGUGGGUUAACAUGAAUUAUUUUGAUAUAGUUUUAAAUUUCUCUUCUGAAUCAGACUGUACUAACCUGAUCCUGCAAAGAAGAAUGAAUAGACCUAAUUUGGAUGAGGGGGGAAAAAAGUUCUCAUCUCUGACCUUGUUUUUUAAAAUGUUAGAAUACAGCUAUUGAUCCCACAUAUUCAUUUGCCGAAAAAUUCAUUGAAUAUUCUUUCAUAUCCCAAAAACAUAAUUAUAAAGAUAAAUGGCCACUGUUCAUAUUUUAUUUAAUUUGUGACAUUUGCUUUUAAUAAUUUAGUAGCUUACCUGGGCAAACUGUGUGUAUAAAGGGAAACUUUGCUUUAAUUUAUGGGAUUGUGGACUGAUAUGACUAGCAGAAAGUAAAACGAUGUGGUUUUUUGUGUGUUAGGGUGUUAGUGGACUUACUAAUGUAUCUUGUGGAGUAUGGUUAAUAUCAGUUAAGUUGAAUAGCUACGUGCCUCUGGCUUUUGAACCCAUCUAGUAAAUCUUUUUGAAUGCUGUAUUAAGAUAAAUGUGAAGUCUGCAUAAGAUUGCUCUCAGAAAAAAAAAAAAAUAGACAUAUAAAAUAAAACUUAGGCCACAGGAACUGGCAUUUUACUUGGUAUAGCAAUUUGAUGAGAACCAAAUCAAAAAAUACCAGCUCUCCUUUGGAGGCCAUGGACAAUCGGGCCGUUCAGACAAUCACCACUUUCGUACCCAUUGUGUGUUGAGAUUAGAGAAUAACCAUUUAGAUCAUAGAGUAGAAAGAGAAAAUUCAAGUUUCUUAAAGAUGCUGUUGGUCUUUUUCUUAUGUUUUUGUUUUAGUUUUGUGGUUUUGAUGAGUAAUUUCUUAAGUUCAAAGUUCCCUGUGACUCCUAAAGAAAAAAAUAGCAGCAUGAAAAGUAAAAAAUUAUUCCUGAAAUGCAGUUGUUUAAAUUUUUCACGUAACAUAUCCUUUCUCACAUUCCCCCUUUAGCUUUUCCUAGGCACAAGUUCCUAGACUUUUAAGCUAUCCUGACAUUUUGAUAAACAGUUAGAUUUUAAGGAUUUUUAGUGAGAGGUCUGUAUAUUUAAGUCUUUCUGUAGAACUCUCUGUGAAAUUUUACGUAAUUUUUGUUUGAGCUUCCUCAAAAAAAAUCUUGUUUUUAUUACAAUUGUCAUCCUUUAUUGACUUUUCUUUUGAUUUGAUGUUCAAGUUCUAGCAGUGGACACACUACGUGUGCAAAUGAAUUACAAUGGUGAUGCAGAAUUUAAAGGGAAAACCACAAUGCGUCAGCAGAAGGGGGCUCAGAGCUGACGUCCACUGUCGUUCUCUAGAGGGGAAGGAGGAACAUUUCUCAGUAACUAUGCUAGCAAAAGAUGUAAUUUCCUGACGUUUUGUUUGCUUUGAGUUUCAUGAAACAGUUGUGAGAUACUUGUUUUGCCAUUCUAAGGCAUUAAUGUUUUUAUCUUAGGACCGAAUUCAAAGGGAAAUGCUUAUUUGACUUUUUAAAAUUAUUUGGUUGACUUUCAACUUUCUUUAGUUAUUAAAAUAGCAGUGAUGGGUGCUAUUCCCAGUUCUGCGAUGGUUUACUUUGUCUAAUAAAUAAUUUACUUUCAAACCUCACUACAGCUAAUCUUUCUAAAAGAGUUACUGUGCACACAGCUAAAAGGUAUUUUACUAUUUUCCAUCAAUACUGUUGUAUGAACAAUGUUUUAUCAAAUGUAUUUUUGUCCUACAGAUUGCAAUAGUUAUAUAAUUACUGUAUUGGCAAGUCUUGUUUUUUUUUUCCCCUCUAGAAAACCCUAAGACUGUGUGUCAGCUUUCCAUUUCUUGAGUAUUACAAAGCUGUGGCUGUUUCUAUAGAAAGAACACUUGCAAGCGUGUGUCUUGAAAUUCACCUUUUGUGUUAGUUUGCUUAUGUGGACUCUAAGAAGCAGGAAGGCUCUGGAAGCUCGUCGUGUGCACCUACACACUGGGCAUCCUGCUCGUGGGGGUGGGGUGUCUGAAAGAUAAAGAUUCCUGAACUCAACUUGCUGUUUAUGUACCACGUCUGUCCUAAAGAGAGGUGGUAUCUUCUACAACACUACAUUUCUUGUGGUUGUGCUGUUACUGGUAUAAAGUCAAGUGCCUUCAAUGCUAAAGGCUCAGAAAUUUUUCUUAAACUGAUUUCAUGUCCUAUGCAAGUGUUUUCUACAACCUGCAUAAACAGUACUUUGUAAAACUUGUUUACGCUUCAAUUGUACAUAGUGUUUUUUAAAGAAAUAUAUAGUAUUUUUAUUUAGGUACCUCCAAACUUGAAUUCGUCUGUGUGAAGCAUUGUAAAACGAUACAUUUCUCUUUUGAGUACCAUUACAGUUGUACAAAGGUUUUCACUGGGUUCUAUUUUUCUACUGUUACUGAGGAGCAUGUAACACUGACUUUAUCCUGCACAUAGUUGGCAUUUCAAAUAAAUGGCUUGUAUAGAA